UCACUCACUGUCGCUGCUUUCAGUUUUCAGCUUUUCUGUUUUGACUUUUAAGUAUUUCUUUUUACAAAGAAAACUUUCAACAUCGCAGACCUCUUAACUGCAUGACAAAAUUUCAGUUCACCAGGAAAACAGUAACGAUAGCUUGUUCAUGAUCGUUCCAACACGUUGAUGCUGCGCUUACAAUUGUAAGACUUGUUUAUUCCGUCUAUACUGUGUGCCUGGAGAAAUGCUCGCCUGAACCUGUGAUUUUCCGCUGCAACCCCCCUCCUCCCAUGGAUCGCCGCGACGAGAUCCUGGCCCGCUACCGCACCCCUCCCCCCGCCGCCCCGCCAUCCCCGGGGGCGGGGGCGCCCUGCUACAUCGGCGUCCAAGUGCCCGAGACCACGGAGACCACCCCCCUGGUCCUGCAGCGUCUCCCCGCGCCCAAGGACCUCCUGGCCCUGUCCCCCGCCACCCGCUUCAAGCCCUUUCCCGAGUAUGAGAAAGCGGCGCAGUUCUCGCAGUUCCAGCUGGCCGUGGCCGUCGACGGGAAUAUGCGGCGGGCGGCGGAACCCAAGAGCCCCUUCCCCAGCCCCACGGCCGAGGAACGGCAGCAGUUCAUGGAGUUAUUGGGGCAGGGGGAUGCGGUGGGGGUACGGCGGAUGGCGUGGAAGAAUCCGCGGUUGCUGAUCACGUCGGAUGAUGCGCCGCAGUAUUUCAAGGGGACCUGGCGGCAGACGGCGCUGCAUCUGGCCGUGCAGAACGACAAUUAUCCGCUCUUCUGUACCAUAAUGGAGUUGAUCGAGAGCCCCGCCCUGAUGGAGGCCACCCGCAUGACGCCCUUCGAGAAUAUCGCCGAGCGCGGCAACGCGCUGGUGCGGAACUUCCUGAACAACCGCAACAAGAAGCAGGAGGCCGUGCUGGACUGCGCCGUGGCCUACGGUGCACUGCCCAUCGUCGACUUCCUCACGCUGCACCCGCUCUGCGAUCUGACCGUGGCCGGACGGACCGCCGAGGACAACCGCGCCCUGGCCGGAUGCAAACGCAACGCGCACAAUGCGCCGGCCAUUCUGCAGAUGCUGGAAGGACGAUGGUAUGUCCCGGUGUUCGGGCAGUCGGAUGUGUUCCCGCGGGGGACGGUGGGCGAUCCGCUGCCGCCGGGGAAGAUGCGGGAUGCCCUGCACGAAGGCCUGCUGCACGGCUUCUUCGGACCGACCACCCUGGACGAGUGCCGGGACUUCCGAGCCUGUCUUGGUACUUUCACCGAGAAACGCCGGAAAUCGGUGGAGACGGCCGCCCAGGGCGACAGUGUGCAGUGUAACGGCCGGCUGGAGUAUCAGAGCGUCGAAGCCGAGUGCCGGCGCGUGGCGCACGCUGUCAGCGGUCCGUGGAAGGAGUACUGGGGAUUUCUGCAGUGCUUCACGGAUAUCCGAGCGGAGAUGGGGUUGUUUAAGCUGGAGAAGUUUCUCGCCGAGAAGGAUGCACACGCGCUGCCCGCCCGCUACUUCGCCCCGGCGCCCGCCAUCGCCGGG